AUGGCGACGGUUUCGCCACCCAAACCGUGGGAGAGAGCAGGCGCUGCUGCCGGUGCAACUGCGUUAUCGUCAUCACCCAUUACUAGCCCAGCCGCCUCUACCAUGUCCUCAACUACCACCGCGGCGCCGACCGCAACAACCACAUCAGCCACAUCCUCAACCGCCCCCGACCUACCUUCCCGCCCCAACGCCUUGAACUCCGUCGUCAACCGGACUGCAUCGAACUAUUCUCCCUACGGUGCUUCGCGACUUGGUACUAGCCCGUACGGAGGAUAUGGCGGGUACAGCAGUUACUCGUCGCCGUACUCGCGCCUCGGCGGGAUGGGGUCGAUGUAUGGUGGCUACGGAGGCUACGGGGGUAUGGGUGGGAUGUAUGGUGGGAUGGGCGGAAUGGGGGGAAUGGGAGGGAUGUACGGCGGCAUGCCCGGUGAUCCCAACGACCCAAACAGCUUGACGAACUCGUUCGGUCAGAGCACCCAAGCGACCUUCCAGAUGAUUGAGAGUAUCGUGGGUGCGUUUGGAGGAUUUGCUCAGAUGCUGGAGAGUACUUAUAUGGCCACACAUAGCUCAUUCUUUGCUAUGGUCUCUGUCGCAGAACAAUUCGGAAAUCUGCGUAAUACCCUCGGCUCGGCGCUGGGAAUUUUCACCAUUAUACGAUGGUUUAGAACUUUAAUUGCAAAGAUCACUGGUCGCCCACCCCCGGCCGAUGCGACUGCCCUCACUCCUUCUGCCUUUGCGGCCUUUAUGAAUGGGCGUUCGGCGCCUGCCACCCUCCCAGACGGCACUCCUGCACCUCCUAAACCCUCCAAGAAGCCGUUUUUCAUGUUCCUGAUUGCAUUGUUCGGUCUUCCGUACCUGAUGAGCAAGCUUAUCAAGACACUGGCGCGUUCGCAAGAUGAGCAGCGAAAACAGCUUAUGAUCGGACCGAAUGGUGAGCCGAUGCAGCAGGAUCAGUCGAUGGAUCCUUCCAAGUUGGACUUUUGCCGUGUGUUAUACGACUACACCCCGGAGUCGCAGGAGACUGCCGGGGUUGAUCUAGCGGUGAAGAAGGGCGAUAUUGUCGCUGUCCUCGGCAAGUCAGACCCGAUGGGCAACCCGUCUGAAUGGUGGCGGUGUCGAGCACGGGAUGGCGGGGUCGGGUAUCUCCCUGGACCGUAUCUGGAGACCAUCCAGCGAAAGCCCACUCAGCAGGCGAUCACAUCCGGCACCGACGCAAGCCGCAGCAACAGUAUGAAGGGUACGGCCCCAGAGGUCCGACCCGGUGAUGAGAAGAAGCCCGAGCUCAAGGGUAAGAUGGGCGAUAUCUCGGCCGAGAGCUUCCAAAAGAGCACAUUCUAUUCAUGA